CCAGGAAAGAGCAGCCUGUUGAACUAAACAGAAGAAACCCAAGUGGAACUUAGAUCGAAGGCCAAGUUUUUUAUAUUUUCAGUGUUUAAAUAUUAUAACAGUUACUUUGCAGACUAAGGUUCCUAUAGGAAAGGUGUCACGCUAAUGCAUGCUGUGAUAGCCAGUUGAAGAAUGUCGGGAGCAACUCUGGGCCAUGAGGAGUAUAGUUUUUAUGGAAGUCUGAGUGAAGAUGAGUUGAUACAGAUGGCCAUAGAGCAGAGCUUGGCUGAGGGCUCUGCAAACUCACCAUCCAGCUCAACUCGUCAGAAGACUACCACACCAGCACCAGCAGCAGUGUCUGUUGCAGCAGCACAUUCAAGCAGUUACAAGGCAGGUGCAUCAAAUAAAGUAAGCCAAGCUGCGUGUACUCCUCCUUGGGGCCUGUCCAACCCUAUAAAUAGCAACCUUAACAGGUUUUCCAGGCCUGCAGAACACAGAGGAUACCGCAGGAGAUAUGAUGGAACCUUAUUUCCACCCUCUCAACCUGUAGUAUUAGAUCCUGCUGUCACAGCAAUAGAGAAUGAAGAUGAAGAGGCACUUAGAGACAUGAUUAAACAAGGGAAGAACCUUGCUGUUGCAAAUAAAGACGGAUGGCUACCCUUGCACGAAGCAGCAUACUAUGGGAAAGCAGGAUGCCUCCAGCUGCUGCUAAAAUCUUAUCCGGGUACCAUCAACACAAGGACUUUGCAAGAAGACACAGCUCUGUGCAUUGCCACCUGUAAAGGGUACCUUGACUGUAUGAGGAUUCUUCUUACUUCUGGUGCUGACCCAGACAUUACAAGCAAAUCAAGAGAGACACCACUCUAUAAAGCUUGUGAACGGAAAAACCUGGAAGCUGUGAAAAUGCUUGUGAAGUUCAAUGCAAAUGUGAACCACCGCUGUGGUCAAGGCUGGACAGCUCUUCAUGAAUCAGUUGCAAGAAAUGACAUUGAUGUAGUUGAUGUUCUGGUUAAGGCAGGAGCUAAGACAGAGACAAAGAAUGUUCAUGGAUUAACCCCAAUGUUUGUAGCAGCACAAGGUGGCCAAGUCGAUGCUUUACGUUAUUUAACUAAAUGUGGUGCUGACAUCAACACACAAGCCAAUGAUAGUGCCACAGCUUUGUUUGAAGCCUGCAAAAAUGGACACACAGAAGCCGUGGAGUUCUUACUGAGUCAAGGGGCUGAUCCUAAUAGAGCUAAUAAAGAUGGAUUCUUACCUCUUCACGUAGCAUCAGAAAAAGGACAUUAUGACAUUGUGGUUAUGCUUAUCCCAGUGACUAGUCGAUCACGAAUCAAGCGCAGUGGAAUCAGCCCAUUACAUUUAGCAGCUGAACGUAACCGUGAUGAUGUACUGGAAGAACUUAUUGAUGCUGGUUAUGAUGUAAACUUUACCUUAUCUUAUGACAGAGCCAGGUUGUAUGAAGACAGGCGCAGCACUCCUUUAUAUUUUUCUGUGUACAAUAACAAUAUAUAUGCCACAGAACUUCUUCUAGAGGCAGGAGCCAACCCCAAUGUAGAUAUCAUCAACCCACUCUUAAUUUCAAUUCGUCAGGGCUGCCUGACUACCAUGAAGAUGCUUCUAGAUCACAAUGCGAAUAUUGACCCUUAUAUUUCUACUCAUCCUACAUCAUUUCCUGCCACUGUCAUGUUUUCCAUGAAAUGCCUCCCUAUACUGAAGUUUCUGAUGGACCUUGGUUGUGAUGCUGAUUCCUGUUUUAAGUGUACAUAUGGAAGUGGUCCACAUCCUGCUGAAAAACCCAGAAGAGACUCAGACUUGGAUCCUGUACAAAACAAGCCACCAAAGAUAGUUCAGUUCUGUGAAAUGGUAUCUUCACCUGAAAUUAAUCGCUGGGCUGGACCUAUAAUUGAUGUUCUCUUAGACUACGUUGGUAAUAUACAACUGUGUUCCAGACUCAAGGAGCAACUGGACAGUUACGAGGGCUGGGCUUGCAUUAAACAGAAAGCAGAGCCUCCAAGGUCACUGUCUCAUCUCUGCAGACUGAAGAUCCGAAAUUGUCUGGGAAGAGAGCGUCUAAAGUAUAUUAAUACUCUGCCCCUUCCUCCCAGACUUAUUCGCUACUUGACAUACUGCUCUCUAUGUGAUGAUUAAUACAAAUUGCUUUUAAAAAAAGUGUUCUACUAAGGUGUGUUGCUGGCAUAUGUCCUGUACAUGAAGUAAAAAUAUGUGGCACAGUAGUACAGAAUGCAGCAUACCAAAGAAGCAUUGUUAGAACUCCAUUAUUUUGUGGGGGAAAAAAUGUGCAAUGUGCUCAAUCUCCAUCGAGUUCCACUGUCCUUGCAGUUUGGACAUUAGCACAAGUGCAUAAAGCUGCUGUAUUUUUUAGUAAACAGGCUUUUCAAGCAAUGGCUGAGAAGUUCAUGCAGUGAAAGGACAUGAAAAAAAUAAUGACUGAAAUAUGCUUCCUCAUGUUUUAGAAAGAUCUGAUAUCUGCAUACAAAAUAUAAUGCUUUGGUGACAUUUGACCAAUAACAAAAACUUGUUAUUGCUGCAGAAAGAAUAUUCCUAGCUAGUAUUUUUAAAUGUGCAGCAGUUAGAACGGUGUGUUUAUUACCUGUGUAUUUCUUUCUGUGUAUUACUUUUUGUACUGUGUGAACCUUAAGUUAUACAUGGUCGUUGUCUUUUUUGUGCCAACAGUAACAUAAGAUCAUUGUUUUUUACUAUUUUAUUUGCACUAGAUGAUGCACACAUAAUUGUUGCCUGUAUGAUAUUGUUUGACAUAAGAACUAUCUGCAAAAAUGUAAUUUCAAAAAUGUAUCGUGAAGUUGUUCAAUCUUGCCAUUCAUUCUUCACUGAUGGGUUCAGAGCCGAUCCUCGGCUCCGACACGGCUGACUA